CCCAAACGGUGUCGCGAUUAUGGCCGAUCGGCCAUUAGAAUCUGCGCCAAUUGCUUGUGAGCUAUGCCGCACCAAAAAGCAGAAGUGUGAUCGUAAGAGGCCGGUAUGCAGCAAUUGUCUCAAAGCCCCCAAUGGAUGCCAUUAUCUUGAGCAAAGUCGAAGGGGGCUCCCAGCCGGUUAUCUUCAUUCCUUAGAGCAGCGACUAGCCGAUACAGAAAACGCUCUCUACUUUGCACUAUCAGAACUACUCCGAGGGAUUCCUGAGUUGGGCGACUACAGAAGUGCAGCAGCACAGGUUGCAAGACCAACCCAGUCCCAAUCCAAGGCAGAUGCCAUACAGGCAUGGACGAAAUGGCCCUUGAACAACCGUGACCAAGCAUGCGCAUGGUUUGCUUUCAAGCACGGCCAGGCGGGAUCGACUCAAUCACCAUCAGCGGGGCCGCAUGAUCCAGGUGCGAGACCAGGCAUCUCACCGACGACCAGAGAAACCAGAUCAACAGCACCCGCAAGCGCAGCUGCACUGCAGUGGACAAACCAUACCGAAGUUGUGAGUGUGCACGAGGAUGUGGCAGCAGUCGAUCUGCUCAAUGACGCUCCGCCGAUGUGGACAACACCGCCGCAGCAGGACACCAUCACCAGCCAACCGCAGUCACAGACCUCCCUUCCAGCACAGAAUAUCACAACCGCUCUACCUUCUUCUUCCCCUUCUUCAUCCAGAAACGUGGGUAGUAGGGCUCGAUCUCUAGCUCGGGAGAGAAAGACGACAUAUUUUUGAGUUUGACUCCAUGGCUCGUCUUGUUACACGUGAAGGUUAGCGAAAAUAUCGAAAUGUGCAAGGCAAAUGAAUC